AUGUGUAUUCGUACGGUUAGUCCGGUGCAUGAUCCAAGUUAUUUUACACAAACAUUUAUCAAUAAUUCAAUAACUGUUGCAGAAGAAGGAAAUUUUGUAACAUGUCCAUUCGGAGUAUUAUUCAUGUUAUGCACUCUGUUAGGUUCCGGUGGACCUAGAAUGAAUACAUCCAUUCAAAUCGGUAAUGCAAUUCUUGGCAAAGAUAACUAUCAUCAUAACAAUUGGAAAAGCCUUUCAUCAGAUGCGGUACAAUUAUAUAAAUCAACAUUAGAAUCAUUAUCUGGUGAAAUGACAUCUAUUGACGAUCAAAUGACCCAAGUCAUUACAUUGGCUAAUGGAAUAUAUGCGAGUGAUGAAUUGAAAAUUAAUGAAGAGUUUGAACAUCUGCUGUCGAAACAUUUCAGCGAAGUUAUACAUCGAGUAAACUUUGCUGAUCAAUUGACCGUCAUGAAACUAAUCAAUAAAUGGAUUGCCGAUAAAACAAACAAUUUAAUACCACAAUUUUUCAAUCAUCCACAAGAUAUACCACCGAAUGCGUUAUUGAGUUUAUUCAGUGUUUUCUAUUUUAAAGAUGUAUGGGAAGUACCUUUCAUAGAAAUGUUCACAGAAAAUUCAACUUUCUCAGUAUCAUCCGAUCGUCAAAUUUAUGUACCAAUAAUGUCCAGUGAAGAAGAGUUAGACUAUGCGGAUUUUAAUUCAGAAGGAUUUGAAAUGAUUAGUAAAUCAUUUAAGAAUACAAGAUUUACAUUUAUUGUAAUAUUACCAAAAGACAAAUGGAAUGCAAAUUACACAUCACUAUUUCUUAUUCAAAAUAACUUACUAGAAAAUUAUAUUCAAAAGUUAAAGAAUGAACAAGUUUCGUUGAAACUCCCCAAAUUCAAAUUAGAAACAUUGGUAGAUCUUGAGAAAACACUUAAACAACUUGGAAUUCAUGAUAUUUUCAAUCCACUGAAAGCUGAUUUUUCAGGUAUAACAAAUCAAUGGCGAAUGCAUGUUACUUCUUUUCAACAGAAAAAUGUUAUUCGCGUAGAUGAGACUGGAAUUGAAGCUGGAUCUGUAGCAAAUGCAAUGUUUAUUCCAUUACAUUCAUAUAAAAAUCCAAUUGAGUUUCAUGUAUUACAUCCAUUUAUUUGUUUUAUCUAUGAUAAAACAUUAAAACUUCCAUUGUUUGCAGCUCGUGUAACAGAACCAUUACAAUAA